GACAAAAAAGAAACGUUUAGGGCGCCGCACAAUGAGAAGGUUAAUCGAAAACUCAAUCAGAAGCUUGUUAAUCUGUGGCUUAUUGAAAGUGGCAUUCUGCGGUGAUGGGGAGCAGUUUCGGAUGGCUAACGUGUACAACGAGGACACAACGGAAACCAACUCCCACGUGAGUUGGUACGUGGCUAGCGAGCGGAGAUCCGUUGAGUGUGGGGGAGUUUUCAAGAGGUUGCAGAACGAGGUGCUAUCCCCGGACUAUCCGGAGGUUUACGGUGAAGAUUUGCACUGCGAGUACACGUUCAAGUCGCCGUUUGUGUGCAGUAGCAGGUAUCACUUGCAGUUUGUGGACUUUGAGUUGGAGCCUUCGAGGGAUUGUCGAAAGGAUCGAUUGGUUAUUGGAGAUGAGGAGGUUCUGUGUGGGACGGUUAUUGGAUCGAAGACGUACAACUCUAGCAACGGGAUCCUGACGAUGAAGUUCGUGACGGAUGGGUGGGGUAGUGGACGGGGUUUUCGUAUCGUGGUCACUAGACAACCUUGCGAUGACAACGAAGCUGUUGAAUCGUCUACAUCGUAUACGGUGGACACUACGUUGCAGGUUGCAGAUGAUGUAACAAUUGCAAGCGAUGAAGAAGUAAUAAUCGGUUCGAAGAAGGUCAAUAGCCGUCAGGAUAUCCCUCCGGAGUUCAAUCCAUCUGGAUAUUUACCUCCUGGGCCGUCGACUCCACCAAGUUAUCCCACCCAUAGCUGUCCACCUCACAUUCCAGCCUAUCCAGUGACUCCAGGUUAUCCGAUUGGUCCAACUUGCCGAAACUGUCCUGGUACUCCAAACUACACACCAAACUGUCAGAACUAUCCACAGCCAUGUUAUCCGUCCUAUCCAGCGUAUCCAAGUUAUCCAAAUAACCCUGUGUACCCAGCAUCACCCUCUUAUCCCACCAACCCGAUCUACCCAACUAAUCCUACUUAUCCCAACUACCCUCCAAACAAUGGUGGUGGAACGAACUCAAUCGGUGGUGCCCCUCCAGGAUACCAACCACCUCAGCAGGUUCACCCAGAUGUCGACGUAACCCUAAACGUCACCGACGUCGAUCAGCCUCAACGUCAGGACAUCCCACCACCCCCGAUACUCCCCCCAGCCAACCCGUCAAUCCUCUCCUGCUGCCGUAACGUGUUCAGCCAGCAGCGUUUCUACCUCGUCAGUCCAAACUUCCCCAGCUUCCAGACCUCCAACGCGAACUGCUACUACCACAUCAAUCGCUACUCUCCAAACACCUGCCGGCUGAUCAUCCGCUUCAAGUACUUCCUGCUCGGCGAUGACCGCAUCGGUUGUUCCGACGCCUUCGUCGAAAUCGACGGCCGUCGCAUCUGCGGAUGCCGCACCGGAAUGGUUUACACCAGCCAGUGGGGCUACCUGCCCAAGUUCAUCCGAGUCUACAGCCGAUUCAACCGCUUCCCACGCGUCCAAGGAUUCGUGCUGGACAUCUACCAAGAGCCCUGCCCUCCCCGAUACACGCGAAACAUCGCUCAAACCCGAAUCGACGUGCAACCCUCGAAGCCAGCCAACAUUACCACGGUCGAAACCAGCACCAGCUCACGGUACACGUACUAUUUCUACAACAUGGAAGACGAAGAACCCAUAAAAUCGCAAGAAACGAUACUCCAAGCUGCCGUACGAGUUCCGGAGGGACCGUCGUCGAAAUUUUUUUACCCCGCCAACGUGCCACAGUACGGUUCGUGCAGCUUCACCAGCCUCGACUUGUUGCGCCUCAAGCUGGAGUCCCUGUGGAUCUCGAAGCCGCGCUGUUACUGAUUUAGGCGAGCACAUAUUUGCUCUCUGUGUAGAAAGUACCCUUUUUUCGUGAAUGAAAUUAAAAGAAGCGUUCCAGAUGAUUACAGUUGUAAAUAUGCUAUUUUCGUGACGAAAUAAAGCGCGUAUUAAUUUCGAA